CCGCCCGCACAGCGCCCCGCUGCAGGCCGCACCGCGAUGUCCGGACCGGAGCGGCGCGCGAAGCGCCACGGGCCGCAGCGCGAUCGUUGCGUUAAUCAGGUUCCGGGGCUCCUGCGAGCAUACACGUUCCGGGGCGGCGAUCGCCCGUGCCCCGCGCUAUGAAUACUCGCUCGCAUUAUGCAGGCGCCCUGCGAGCGGCGGCGCAGCAUGCACGAGCGGGGUGGCCUCGGCCGCCCGGCACUCUGGAUAAGCCGCGCGUUAUGCAGGCGGCGGGCGGGCGGCGGGGCUCUAUGCGCGGGCGGGGCGACGCGGGCUGCGGCAGCGGCCGGGCCGAGCCGGGCGGGGCAGCGGCGGCGGUACCAUGUCGGAGGCGGCGGUGGCGGACACACGGCGCCUGAACGCCAAGCCGCAGGACCUGACGGACGCGUACGGGCCGCCCAGCAACUUCCUGGAGAUCGACAUCUUCAACCCGCAGACCGUGGGCAUGGGCCGAGCCAGAUACACCAGCUACGAGCUCCGCAUGAGGACAAACCUCCCCAUCUUCAAAUUGAAGGAGUCGUGUGUGAGGAGACGAUACAGUGACUUUGAAUGGCUGAAGAAUGAGCUGGAACGAGACAGUAAGAUUGUAGUGCCACCACUGCCUGGAAAAGCUUUGAAACGACAGCUUCCGUUCCGAGGAGACGAAGGCAUCUUUGAGGAGUCCUUCAUCGAGGAGAGGAGACAGGGACUAGAACAGUUUAUUAACAAAAUUGCUGGGCACCCGCUGGCACAGAACGAGCGCUGCUUACAUAUGUUCCUGCAAGAGGAGACCAUCGAUAGGAAUUACGUCCCGGGGAAAGUGCGCCAGUAGCAGCACCUGGCGCUGUCUUCCUCCAUUCCACCCUCCCUCCUGCAAAAAUGACAUUUAUUUUUACACUAAAUCCGUCUUCUCUGAAGCAGCUUUUUCCUCUCCUGAACCUCCCAGUUUGUUCAGUAUUUUCCUUCUUUUUGUAACUGGCAGCAACUUGUUCUUGCGGGCUGUGGUCUUGGCCUAAAGGUGUGAAGAUUGAUGCGAGUGAAUGUGUUGUCCCACACCUAGCGGCAGGUGUGAAUAGGUGUGGAGCAGGAACUUGCUUGUGGCAUUACGGCGUAGGAGCUGCCUCUCUCCCUGUACGGAAAGGUACGAGAUGACCUUCGCUCCCCCUGUCCAUGCAGCCCCAAAGCUUCUCUUCAGGAGACUGUGAAGAACAGCAGUUGUCACGUUGGUCGGUGAUGGCAUCGGGUAUUAGAGUUUUAGUAAGGCUUAUCCAAAAGAGUGAGUAGGCGCCUGGGUGCAUUGGUCCCUCGUCCACCCCACCUGCCCUGCAUGAAACCCCCUUUCUUCAGUGUCUGGAAGUGCCGAGGCCCGAGACUUCCUCUCUAAGCCUGCGCUCAGCCUCCUGCGUUCCAGAGCCGUGUGCUGUGUUAGUGUCAGGGGGCCCCGCUCCUUUCUGGCUUGCUGCAGGCAACUUGGGGGGGUCCCCACGAAUGCCAUGUGCUCUCCUGCUGCUGUGUGUGAGCAGGUUGCUGUGUGGAAGCUGGGCUAGCCUGGCCUGUCGCACUGGGGGCUCGAGCUUGCAAAAUGCAUUGACACUUCUAGUUGAGCUGAGCUGUAGUGACCUCCUCCUGUGCCCCGGUUGUGGAAGGGGGAGCUGUAAGUGGCUGUGGUGGCGCAGCGGUGGUGACAGGUGCCAGCAGCUGGCUGCUGCAGGAGGAGCCCAGCGUGAGGGUGGCAGCAGCACCUCUCCAUAAGGGAGCUGCUGGGUCAGUUCUGGGUUAAUCGGUUGGGAUGGAACAGGGUAAGGACUGAUGGAGUUUUGUCUCGUCUCUGUUUUGCAAUGAGCUGGACAGUGGCAGUAUGGCGCAGUGUGGCACGAGGGCACGAGGCUGAGCAGGGAACGGUCCAGGGCUUGUGAGCAACUGGCUGCAGCACAGCUGUCCUUUGGGGAGACCCCUCUGGCUGCCAUGGCCGUAUCGGGUGAGGCUCAGGGACCGCUCAGCUCAAUGCCGGCAGCUUUGCGGGUGCUCCUUCAGGUUGUGGCACGUGGUAGAGCAGAGCCUGUCUCUAUGGAGAGCCCAGAGCCACGGUGGCUGCCCCCUGACCCUGCCAGGCUUCCUGCCACGCACUCCCCUACGGCCUCCAUUGCGCUGUGCUGGGUGUCGUGGUGCUGGGGGUGAAGAUGAGAAGGGGCUGAAGCCAGGAUGGAGCUGCUCGGGGACCGUGUGUCUGCUGGAAGUCCUUUGUCCCCAUGGGCCCCUGCUUGGAGGGAGGGUCCCCUCGUCCUGCGCGUCCCGCUGCGGGGCAGCCCCCAGCCGGCUGUCCUACUGUGUCCAGUGUACCCUCCCGGUUCCGUUCGCAUUAAACCACUGUGAAGCCAA